CGAGGAGAGGCGGACCAGCUUCAUUUGGAGCUGGAGACGGGCUGUCGCUCAGGUGACCAGUGUCUCUCCGAGGAGGGUGCGAACAGCUAGCGGGGUGUCGGCAGCAAUGAUCCAGAAUGUCGGAAAUCACCUGCGAAGGGGCCUGGCCUCCGUGUUCUCCAGCCGUGCAUCCCGGAAGUCGGCCUCACGCACUGAGAACAACAUGGCAGAGGACGAGGGCUACCGGAACCCCACGGAGGUGCAGAUGAGCCAGCUGGUGCUGCCCUGCCACACCAACCAGCGCGGCGAGCUGAGCGUCGGGCAGCUGCUCAAGUGGAUUGACACCACCGCCUGCCUGUCCGCGGAAAGGCAUGCUGGCUGCCCCUGCGUCACAGCCUCCAUGGACGAUAUCUAUUUUGAGCACACCAUUAGUGUUGGACAAGUGGUGAAUAUCAAGGCCAAGGUGAACCGGGCCUUCAACUCCAGUAUGGAGGUAGGCAUCCAGGUGGCCUCUGAGGACCUGUGCUCUGACAAGCAGUGGAGCGUGUGCAAGGCCUUGGCCACCUUUGUGGCCCACCGGGAGCUCUCCAAGGUGAAGCUGAAGCAGAUCACGCUGCGGACCGAGGAGGAGAAGACAGAGCACAGCGUGGCAGCCGAGCGCCGGCGCAUGCGGCUGGUCUACACAGACACCAUCAAGGACCUCCUGGCCAACUGCGUCAUUCAGGAUGAUCUGGAGAGCAGAGACUGUAGCCGCAUGGUGCCAGCCGAGAAGACUCGAGUGGAGAGUGUGGAGCUGGUCCUGCCCCCACACGCCAAUCACCAGGGCAAUACUUUCGGGGGCCAGAUCAUGGCCUGGAUGGAGAACGUGGCCACCAUUGCAGCCAGCCGGCUGUGCCGUGCCCACCCUACGCUGAAGGCCAUUGAGAUGUUCCACUUCCGGGGCCCAUCCCAGGUUGGGGACCGCCUGGUGCUGAAGGCCAUCGUGAACAACGCUUUCAAGCACAGCAUGGAGGUGGGCGUGUGUGUGGAGGCCUACCGCCAGGAGGCCGAGACCCAGCGGCGGCACAUCAACAGCGCCUUCAUGACCUUUGUGGUCCUGGAUGCAGAUAACCAGCCUCAGAUGCUACCCUGGAUUCGGCCCCAGCCUGGGGAUGGCGAGCGGCGGUACCGAGAGGCCAGUGCCAGGAAGAAGAUCCGCCUGGACAGGAAAUACAUCGUGUCCUGUAAGCAGGCGGAGAUGCCCCUCUCUGUCCCCUGGGACCCUAGCAACCAGGUAUACCUGAGCUACAACAACGUCUCCUCCCUGAAGAUGCUCGUGGCCAGGGACAACUGGGUGCUGUCCUCAGAGAUCAGCCAGGUCCGCCUGUACACCCUAGAGGAGGACAAGUUCCUCUCCUUCCACAUGGAGAUGCUGGUGCACGUGGACACCACCCAGGCCUUCCUGCUGCUCUCAGACCUCCGUCGGAGGCCCGAAUGGGACAAGCACUACCGGAGCGUGGAGCUAGUGCAGCAGGUGGACGAGGAUGAUGCCAUCUACCACAUCGUCAGCCCUGCCCUCGGUGGUGACCCCAAGCCCCAGGAUUUUGUGAUCCUGGCCUCUCGGCGGAAGCCUUGUGACAACAGGGACCCCUAUGUCAUUGCGAUGAGGUCAGUUACGCUGCCCACGCACCUCGAGACCUCGGAGUACAGGCGUGGGGAGACCAUCUGCUCAGGCUUCUGCUUCUGGCACGAGGGGGACCAGUUGACCAAGGUGUCCUACUAUAACCAGGCCACCCCAGGCUUUCUCAAUUACGUGACCACCAAUGUGACUGGCCUCUCCUCUGAGUUCUACACCACCUUCAAGGCUUGUGAGCAGUUCCUCUUGGACAACCGGAACGAUCUGGCCCCCAGCCUCCAGACCCUCUAGGCAUCUUCAGU